UUGAAACCGGAAGCUGUGUUUUUUAGCUGUGCCGUUUUGACGCUGCUGUCUCUCGCCGCUCCUCCUGGGUAUGUUUACAGAUGCAACUCUUGAGAGAAAUGUGAUAAAACGAGCUGGAUUUAAUCACUUUAAUCCCUCAUCAUGAAGCUGCGAGUUCGGAUCCGGCGGCAGACGACCAGGCUGGAGUUACCGGGAGAAGAAGCCAGUCUGAGCGAGCUCACAGACCUCAUCAGGGAGACGCUUUUGUCUUCUCAUGGACUCAGUGCAGACACACCGUUCAGUUUGUCUCUGAAUGGCUCGGAGGUCCUGUCCGACUCCGGCGAGACGCUGUCGUCCUGCGGCAUCGUGUCCGGGGAUCUGAUCUGCGUCGUCCUGCCGGAGUCGGCAGCCGCCGGCGCCGCCACCGGCACGACCGGCAGCAGCACGGAGGCCCGCAGGCAGCAGAACCAACAGAACCAACAGAACCAACAGAACCAACAGACUGCUGUCAUCACAUCCAACCAGCCGACAGGCAGCAGCAGGAGGCCUGCAGCCGCUCUUAUGCAGACUCAGGACUCACCCGAGGUCUUGGACUCUGGACCCUCUGGACCCUCGGAGCCCAGCUGGGAGCCGAUGCUGUGCAGCGAGGCUGAGGACGGCCAGGCUCCUCUCUCCCUGGAGCUCCUCCACCACUCGGCACAGACCAGCAGUCCCAGCGACGCCGUCAUGGUGGCCGGACACCUGCUGAUGCUCGAGACCGGCUUCACUCCACAGGGCUGUGAGCUGAGGCCCGGGGAGAUGCCUCCAGGCUGGACCUCAGCAGCAGGAGUCUACCGGCUGCAGUACUCUCACCCUCUGUGUGACAACAGCGUGGCCAUGGUGGUGGCCGUGUGCAUGGGCCCCGUGCUCGUCAUCAAUGCGACCCUGAAGGUGAACGAAACCAUCGACACGGUCCGGAAGCUGUGUCUGAAUCCGUCCAGCUUCGUGACCCACGAGUGGCCAGGAGAAAGUGCAGCUGCAGCUUACAGAGAUCUGAAGAAACUUUCCCGAAUCUUCAAAGACCAGCUGGCGUACCCGCUGAUCGCCGCCGCCAGAGAAGCGAUGGCUCUGCCGGUGGCGUUCGGUCUGGCUGCUCUUCCUCCCGAGCUGUUGCUCCGAGUGCUGCGGCUGCUGGACGUUCGGUCCGUGGUCAGACUGUCGUCGUCAUGCCGACACCUGAGCGUCUGCUCGGCCGACUCGUCGCUAUGGAGACACCUGUACCUGCGCGACUCCAAAGAUCGAGCUCUCAGCCGGUCCAGAGACACAGACUGGAGAGAGCUGUACAAAAGUUUCUAUAAGCUUCACUGUGAGCUUCGCCACAUGACGCGCCACCGCUCGCUGCCCGUGCCCGUCCCGUACCGCCCGCUGCACCCCCCGCUGCCCGUCCCGCUGCACCCCCCGCUGCCCGGCAUCAUUGGGGGGGAGUACGACCAGUGGCCGGGCUUCCCCCGCGCCCUGCUGCCCCGCCCCCGCUACGAUCCCAUUGGCCCACCGCGAGAUCCCGACGGACGGCUUCCCAGAGUGCGGCCGAUGGCGGGACGUCCCGCAGACAUCCGGCGAGGAUUCAUCUGAGUCGUGUUUGUUUGUUUGUUUUCUCUUCUUUUCUUUUUCUUCUGAAAUAAAAACAACACAGAUCCCAACAACAACAACAACCAGUGUUUGUUUAUUUAAAAACAAAAGCAGAAACAGGAAGUAGCAGUUAGAAGAAAUAGCUUUUAUAGAAGGUCAACAGCUACGCCGACGACAGUCACGUUUACGCACCAAAAGGACUCGUUAAGUUUAGGAAAUAGAUUCAAACAGUCCCGAGGAGCAAACUCCAGUUUCCCGGGUGAAAGUAUUACAAUUAUAUUAUUAUAUUAGCUGAGAAUCUUGAAUUAAUUUGGGUUUAAUAAUACAACUUCACACUGUAAAGCAAACAUUUUUCAAAAUAAAAGUACUCUGGUAAAGUCAAGUUUUUAUGAAAUUCUGUAACUUAUAAAGUUAAAGUUUUUGACUCAGUUUUGGCUACAGCUACAUCGACGAUAGUUAAGUUUAGGCACCAAAAGGACUUUUAGGAAAAAGAAAAGAUAAACUUUUAUUGUCCAGAAGGAAAUUUGUCUCGUACACACAAACACAAUCAUAACUUAUGAAAUAAUUCAGAAUUGUCAACGAUGUACUUUAGGAAAAAUAAAAGAAUUUUAGGACAGAGAUCCAAAGGAACAAACGUGUUUUCUGGGUGAAAGUAUUAAAAAUAUAUGAUUAUAUUAGCCCAGAUUUAGCAUAAUAUAUGAUUAUAUUAGCCGAGAUGUAGCAUAAUAUUAUGCUACAUUAGCCCAGAUGUAGCAUAAUAUAUGAUUAUAUUAGCCCAGAUUUAGCCUAAUAUAUAUAUAUAUAUAUAUAAUUAGCCCAAAUUUAGUGUAAUAUAUUAUUAUAUUAGCCCAGAUUUAGUGUAAUACUGCGUAACUUGUGGCCACAGCCCUUUCAUAGAUUAUUUACUGUAUUCUGCUCACAUGUUCUUGAAUUAAUUUGGGUUUAAUAAUACAACUUCACACAGUAAAGCAAACGUUUUUCAAAAUAAAAGUACUCUAGUAAAGUCUAAACUUUGAGAUAGUAAAUCAUCAUUUUGGCUUUUUAUGAAAUUAUGUAACAAAGUUAAAGUUUUGACUCAGUUUUUCAUAAUUGUGAAAAAAAAAAAAAAAGUCUUUUCUUUGCCUCAUGGUGUUAAAACAAUGUCUCUUAUGAUUAAUAUUGAUUUAAAGACUAUGUUUUCUGCUUUUGAACACUGGAAUAAUCUGCAAAUGCAAUUAAAACCAAUAAAUGUGACUUUAAGAUGUUUGUAA